CACGAGACCACAAAAAACACAAGCAUUUUUAAGAGGACAGGGACCGGAUAUCAAACUCGGCCCAAUUGUGUAUAUUGUUCUCUUCAAGAUCCGAGCGGCGCGAGCGAGUACGAGAGAAAGCGCGAGAGAGAGAGGAGAGGGAGCGCGAGGGGUUGGUUGGUCAGGUAUAGGGUUUUGAAAGUCCCAGAGAUUUGAUUGUUUGAUUGAGAUUGCACAAGGGAGCGAGUGUGAGAGAUUUGUUAGAGAGAGAGAGUGCUUAGAAGAAGAACACAAGGCUUUCUCUUUUUUCAAUUUUAGGGUUUCUCUGCCCCGUAUUGCGCUGCCUUCUCCGAUUACCUCAUGGACCGCAAGCUCGUGGUUUUGGGCAUUCCGUGGGAAAUCGAUACGGAAGGGUUGAAAGAGUAUAUGGUUAAAUUUGGGGAAUUGGAGGAUUGCAUUGUCAUGAAGGAUCGGUCAACUGGUCGGUCUCGUGGAUUUGGAUAUGCGACAUUUUUAUCUGCUGAAGAUGCCAAAACUGCAGCGUCAAGUGAACAUUUUCUUGGCAAUAGAAUGCUGGAAGUUAAAAUAGCUACCCCAAAGGAGGAGAUGAGAGCACCUGCAAGAAAAGUUACCAGGAUAUUUGUUGCAAGGAUCCCACAAUCUGUGACAGAAGCAAACUUCAGAAGUCAUUUUGAAAAAUAUGGUGAAAUAACGGAUUUAUACAUGCCGAAGGAUCAAAGUUCAAAAGCGCAUCGGGGAAUUGGGUUUAUAACUUUUGAAAAUGCAGAUUCUGUGGAAGAUUUGAUGGCUGAUACUCAUGAAUUAGGCGGUUCCAAUGUAGUUGUUGAUCGAGCUACACCCAAGGAAGAUGAUUUCAGACCAGUUGGAAGAAUGGCGCAACAGGGUGGCUAUGGGGCAUAUAAUGCUUAUAUCUCAGCAGCAACUAGAUAUGCAGCCCUCGGGGCUCCUACCUUGUAUGACCACCCUGUACCAGGACCAGCUUUUCCAAGAGGGGAGUCUGCUCGAGGACUUGGUAAAAAGAUUUUUGUUGGUAGGCUUCCUCAGGAAGCAACCUCUGAUGAUCUCCGCCAGUAUUUUGGAAGAUUUGGUCGUAUAGUAGAUGUCUAUGUUCCAAGGGACCCCAAAAGAACUGGGCAUAGAGGGUUUGGUUUUGUGACUUUCGGGGAAGAUGGUGUAGCAGAACGUGUAUCACGAAGGUCUCAUGAGAUUUGUGGCCAGCAGGUUGCAAUAGAUACAGCCACACCUCCAGAGGAUGCUGGUACAAGUGGAAAUUUUAUGAUGAAUAAUGUAGAGCCCUUUGCCGGCUACGGUGGUCCUAUGCGCUCCUAUGGCAGGAUGUAUGGAAGUCUGGAUUUUGAUGAUUGGGGUUAUGGAAUCGGCAGUGCGAGACCAGCAAGAGCAGAUUGGAGGUACAGGCCAUACUAGAGAGAUGUGGCUCUGGAAAAUUGGUACUUGAUAUUAGGAAUGUCAACAAAAUGCCAUGCAGGUUGUGUUAAGUUUAUUAAUAUAAGAUUAAGGAUCACAUCCUUAGUUGAUUUCCCCAAUAAUGUUCUUGUCGGACUUUAGAAAUAGCUUGGCUUCUAUUAUCCGGUGAAAAUAUAGGUCAGUAGGAACGCCCAAAUCUGUAAUAUUAGGCCGCUGGCGAGUCCAGGAACCAGGAUCGGGGUUCCUUUGUGUAGUAAUUUGUUGACUCUUUACCUGGAUUAUUUAUCGAUAAACUGCAAUUCCGGAUUUUUA